AUGGUGCAUCGCAAACAAGAGUUCUUGAAGAAAAUGGCAAGCAAGAUGAUCAGCAGUGGAAUGUUCACUUGCAAUGUUCUUGCUGUUCUUCUCCUCUUUGUUUUUAAUUCUAACACUUGCAAUGCAGCAAGACUCCCAAAAAGUGGGAUGUCUACAAGUACCAGCGUGGAGUUUAUCCGCAAUUCAUGCACAAAAACAGACUACCCAACACUCUGUUUCAGCUCGCUCUCUGCUUAUGCACCCACAAUCCAAACGAGUCCCAAACAACUGGCCGAAGCGGCCCUCUCUGUCAGCCUAGACAACACAAGAAGCACUUCAGCAAUGAUUAGAUCAAUGUCGAAGGGCCGGGGAACGAGUUCUAGAGAGAAAGAAGCCAUGAGUGACUGCAUGGAGACCUUGGAAGACUCUGUGGAAGAGCUCAAACAGUCUCUGCAGGCCAUGGGUGAGCUGAGAGGUAAGGAUGUGAAGCUUCACAUGAAUGACAUACAAACAUGGGUGAGUGCGGCAUUGACAGAUGAGAACACCUGCAUGAAUGGAUUCACAAACAAUGAAAUCAAAGAUGAAGGUGCUGAGAAUAAGGUGAGAAGCCAGGUUGUGAAGGUGGCUCAGCUUACAAGCAAUGCCUUGGCACUCAUCAAUGGCAUGGCUGGUGCUCAAUCCUCUGCUCCUUGA